GAAUCAAAUCCGCUCAUCUCAUUUUCCCUUAACGAGUUCAUUAGGUUUGCGUCGCUCGUUCCAGGCCCCGCGACGGCGGACCCGAUUCGUACCCUCUCCGAUCCCAACGGUUUGCCUACCGAUAGGUCCGAUACCGACUGACGAACAAGGAAGGGCUCGCUGUUUCUUUGCGUUCCGCUCUCCGUCUAGGGAUCCUUUGUGCCACCGCCCGAUUGCCCAAAUCCUCCAUCCGAUGGCCGCCGCGGCCGAUUUGGCCAGAGGAGCGCUCUGGGUGCUGCUGUUGCUCCUCCUUGUCGUCGCCCUCGCGCCCUCGCCUGCGCUGGCGCGGCCCGACAAGGAGACGAGGGAGAAGUUCUACGGUGACCUUGUGAGGAGCAAGGUUCGGAAUAACACAGGCGAUGGGAGCAUCGCGGAUAUGUUCGAUCGCGUCCUCGAGAAGGAGUUCUCUGAAAACGACACACCUGAAGGUCAUGAUCAAAGUAACUUCAACAACUCUGUGGCAGAUCAUCAAGCUGUUUUGGAGACUGUUGCUAUAAUUACUCAUGACAAGUCAAAGAAGAAUGAUAGUCAUGAACAAAAUUCAACAACUAAAUUCCAAAUUGGGGAUGUUUUUAAUCUGGAAAAUGAAGGUUCUGAUGACAUGACAACUCUGAUAGAUAGCAAGGAUAAUGUGUUUGUAAUGUCUAAUCGUAAAACAAAAUAUCCAGUACUUCAAGUAGAUUUAAGAUUAAUUUCAGAUCUAGUGGUUGUGAUAGUUUCAGCCACCAUUGGUGGCAUUAUGUUUUCCUUCCUAGGACAACCAGUCAUUGUUGGCUAUCUUCUUGCUGGAUCUCUCAUUGGGCCAGGUGGUCUGAGAUUUAUUAGUGAAAUUGUUCAGGUUGAGACUUUUGCUCAGUUUGGCGUAGUCUUUCUCCUUUUCGCACUGGGUCUCGAGUUUUCCUCUGCAAAGCUUAAGGCAGUUGGUCCUGUUGCUAUUCUAGGAGGUCUACUUCAAAUAAUUAUUUUCAUGUUCUUAUGUGGCCUAACUGCGAUGCUCUGUGGUGGAAAAUCAUCCGAGGGCAUAUUUGUUGGUUCAUUCUUAUCAAUGUCAUCCACAGCUGUGGUAUCAAAAUUUUUGGUGGAAAAAAAUAUCACAAGUUCCCUUCAUGGACAAGUAACAAUUGGGACCCUCAUUCUUCAGGAUUGUGCAGUUGGCCUUUUAUUUGCUCUACUACCUGUUUUGGGUGGAAAUAGUGGCCUUUUCCAUGGAAUUAUGUCAAUGACAAAGUCGUUAACGGUAUUGUCACUGUUCAUUAUUGUUGCUUCUCUAUUAUCGUGGUCAUUUGUUCCUCGCUUCCUGAAGCUUAUGAUUCAGUUGUCAUCUCAAACUAAUGAGCUCUACCAGUUGGCCUCUGUAGCUUUCUGCUUAUUGUUGGCUUGGGUUAGUGAUUAUUUAGGUCUAAGUCUUGAGUUAGGGUCAUUUGUUGCUGGUGUUAUGAUAUCUACGACGGACUAUGCUCAUCAUACCCUAGAACAGGUGGAACCAAUCCGGAAUCUAUUUGCUGCACUUUUCCUUGCUUGCAUUGGCAUGCUCAUACAUGUCCAGUUCCUCUGGCACCAUGUUGAUAUAUUGUUAGCAUCAGUUAUUCUGGUUGUGAUAGUUAAGACAAUUGUGGCAACUGUUGUAGUGAAAGCCUUUGGAUACGGCAUCAGGACAGCAUUUCUUGUGAGUUUGUCAUUAGCUCAAAUUGGGGAAUUCGCAUUUGUUCUGUUAAGUCGAGCUUCAAAUCUUCAUCUAAUUGAGGGGAAAAUGUACCUAUUACUUUUAGGAACAACAGCACUUAGCUUGGUAACAACUCCCCUUAUGUUCAAGCUAAUUCCUGUUAUAAUCCACCUUGGCAAUCUCAUGCGAUGGUUUCCAUCGGAGGCUAGUAUCCAGAAUGAGGAUAAAACUAUCAUACAUGAAGCUUAUGACAGGUCGUUGUAGCAUCCAAAUUCUUAGAUCCCUCUGCUCAGCUGCGCAGCUGCUGUCGUUGGUUUAGUGGUGAAAUUGGCAGUGCCAACUAAUGCAGCAGAAUACCUAAACAAAUCUGGGCGGUAUACUUUGUUACUUAGAAUCCCUAUACAAAUCUGGGCGGUACACUUUAUAACUUAGAGUUAGGCUUCACAUAUUCUUGUGUGUAUGUAUAUAUACAUCUUAGUGAAUGAUGAAGAUGAGCCUGGUGAAAUGGUCGUAUUUAGCUAGAAAGGAUUUUUUUUUUUUUGAAAAUUCCCUUCAUUUUGGGGCAGUCUUUAUGAUCAUGGCUGAUGUGACAUUGUUAUCUCACCUGUUCUUUUAUGUUCGUUCUUUUUGUUGCUAUUA